CCCAAAAACCAAUGGACUCAACAAAGAAGCGCAAGACGGAGGAGAACGGCGACGUUUCGACGGCGCCGCCUUCUUCCCAAUCCACAACCCUAACCCCCGAAGACUUCCGCAAGCUCCUCCAGCCCAUGUCCCACGACCACCUCGUCGAAAUCCUCCAAAACGCCGUCGUUCGCCACCCCGACGUCCUCGAAUCCCUCCGCCACGUCACCAACCGCGACCUCACCCUCCGCAAGCUCUUCGUCCGCGGCCUCAGCGCCGACACCACCACCGACUCCCUCCGCUCCGUCUUCUCCUCCUUCGGCGACCUCGACGAGGCCAUCGUCAUCUUCGACAAGGCCACCGGCAAAUCCAAGGGCUACGGAUUCGUCACCUUCAAGCACGCCGACGAAGCCCUCAUUGCUCUCAGGGAGCCGAGCAAGAAGAUCGACGGCAGGGUCACCGUCACGCAGUACGCCGCCGCCGGCCAUUCCGCCCCCUUCAGUAGCAGCAGCAACGGCAGCGCCGACGUCUCCGCCAGGAAGAUUUACGUCGGCACGGUGCCGUUUGAUAUCUCCUCCGAGAGAUUGCUGGCUGCGUUUUCGGCUUUCGGCGAGAUUGAAGAAGGCCCCCUAGGGUUUGAUAAGGCCACCGGAAAAUCAAAGGGCUUUGCUUUCUUUGUGUACAAAACCGAGGAAGGUGCCCGGGCCGCGCUGGCUGAGCCUAUGAAGAACAUUGAUGGCCAUCAGGUGACCUGCAAGUUAGCGGUGGACAACAAGAAGAGCAAACACGGUGGCGGCACUCAAGUGCCUCCUGGUGAUAAUUCUGGCGUUCCUCCACAGCAAAUGCAGCCGGGAAUGUUUAGGCCACAGCCUCAGCCGGGUCAGUACCCGGGUUAUCCUGGUCGGUAUGAGCCAAUGUGGUAUAGCAAUAACUUCAAUCAGUAUGGGGUGCCUCCACCGUUGCCAAACUCAGUAGGAAUGCCUCAUGGAGUCCAUCCAGACAGUUCACGCUUUGGGGUCCCUCCACCACAGCAUCAUCAGGCUCCCCCAAUGCCAAGAGGUCCACCAGGAGGAAUGUUUCAGGGACCUUACUAAGGUCCUUGAGAAGCUUCUUGGCGCAAAUGCUUUAAAUGGUUAUGGUGAUUUCAUGAUUGCAGACAAUGAAUCUUGGAUUGAUUAUAUGGCCUGAUGUGAUUCUGUUGCUGCUACCUUCAUCUGCUUCUCUACUUGUGCUUUUUGGUGAUCUAUUUUGAUCUAAAUGUAGAACUUAUUCGAGGAGUAUAGUAUAAGUUUUGUGAUACAUGGUUUACUGGAGUAGGGAUUUUAUAUUUUCUUAGUAGAUGAAAAUACAUACCCUAUUUUGUGUAAUUGUUAUUGCAUUUAUUUACGUUAUUAAUAAGCUUAUUUCUUAUGUUUUAUAUGUGGUACCUGGUUAUUUGAUGUGUUUCUUCAAGAGGCUUUAUAGUUUGUACCGUUGAUGAUACAUACCUAUAUUGUAUGCACCUGUAUAUGAUAUACACGCAUAAACACGUAUACAUAUACUCCACAAGACUUCUGUUUUCAAUGCUUCUCCAUUGCUUUAGAUUUGGACUACUUGUACUCAUGGUGGAAAAGCUUCGAUACGAGUUAAAAAUCACUUCUGCCACUAGUGAGUCACCACCCCUAGUACAUAGUCUGAAUCGACACAUUAUUAAUUGUUUCUCAUGUGGUCCAUUUGCUUUGAUUUUUGAUGGAUUGAAGAUAGAGUUAUCCUUCAAUAGAAAUCUUAUUUUUGUAACAAGAAAUUGCCACUUCUCAAAAAAAAAAAAAAACCAACUAGUUACCACCUAGGUACAUAAUUUGAAUGCACAGAUUGUUGCUUGUUUCUUGUGUGGUCCAUUUGCUUUGAUUUUCGAUGGAUUGAAAGUGAAGUUAUCCUUCAAUAGAACUCUGAUUCUGUAACUAGAAAAAAGCCACUUCCAAAUAUUGUAUAAUGCUAUGCUUGUGUUUUCUGUUGGCUUUUGUGUAUAUAUCAUGACUCAGGCUGCUAACUAAUGACUUCUGAGUUGCCUCUCUGUUCUCUGUUGCUCCAUCUUGGUGGACAUUUACACGGCCAUCCUAAAGCUUGGAUCCCAGUUUGGUGUGCCAAUUGUUCUGUCG